GCGGACGAUGUCACAAGCGGUUGCUAAAAAAAUGCACUAUGUAACUAAUUAUAUUGCCACAACUUUGUUUCACUGUUUAUGGCAUAAGGUUUCGCACUAAAAUAUGACAACUAGUAUCCUUCCGUGAAUGCUGUAAGACACGACUAAAGGACACAUAGCCUUAGCAACUCACAGGCAAGAAGAUGCGAUAGCAUUCCCAAUGAGGGUGGGCGUAAGGCAGGCGACACGACUGGUUGUAAAAUCAUAGCGCGAUUAUAAACCUCCUCGGGUUUCACGACAGCUGAGCUACGUAUGCAAUGGGAACACGAUAAGAUGUGAAAGAAGUGUGAAAGAGUACCUACCGAUUGCAGACACUCGUCGAAGUUAAUUUCCGUGCCAGUCGUAAACGUUUUUUUUUCUUCGUAAAUAGACAUGACAGUGACACAUCUGUACAGUCACUGUCAAAUAAAAUAUACAAACAUUAUCUUAUCAGCUGUUUUCUGUUUUCCUUUCACAAAACUAAAAAGAGAAGUGAAAAAUUCUAUAGAAAUAUAAUAGAAAGUAUUGUUGCUUCAUUAUUAAGCGCUGUGCUUCGAAUUAGGCUACUUAAAUAUUUAUACAAAUAAAGUGAAUGUAAUUUCACGAUUGCCAAACACAUCUGCUGACGAAGGUGUACUUACAGUGGAUGUCACCAAUAAUGUGUUAGUGGACUCAAUAACCGAUCUGCCUGUUAACCUCAUUCGUCCAGACUUAAUCAUGUCUACAGAUGGCAGUGCCGAGAAUGAAGAAGACUCAACGAAGCUUAACCUGGCAUAUGAAAACUUGUACGAGGUUCCUAGAACUAUUGUAGAGAGGUUUGCGGACUAUGUGAAAUAUUUGGAUCUGAGCCACAACAAAAUCACAAACUUAGAUGCUUUGGUGCACUUCAAGCACCUGACAUCUCUGAUAGCUGAUGAUAACCCUAUCACGGAAAAUUGUCUUCUACCGCCUCUGCCCAAACUGCAAUUACUAUGGCUUAAUCACUGCAAGAUCGCCUCCCUGUACCCAUGGGUGGGUAAACUGAAGGAGUCCUGUCCCAACCUAAACUAUCUGUGCCUGAUGGGAAACCCCGCUGCUCCUAGUGACUUUAACGGAGGAACAUUCUACGAAUCCCUUCAAUACAGGCUAUUCGUCAUAUCGCAGUUCCCUUCCCUCAACCACUUGGAUGACAGAAAAGUGACAUAUGACCAGAGACAAGAAGCGCAGAGACUAUACAAGCGUCCGCUCCUGGAUCGGCUCGUGAGGUCCCGGAACACAGGCAUAGGUCAGUUAGUUCAUACUCCCGUUACUUGGACUUCGGUGCAGAAUAAAUUGUCCACAUUUUGGGGCAAGGACAGGGGAAGUGAUAGAAAUCUGUUGAUUUAGAACUGGAACCCUUUUUUUUCUUGACACACGGAAGAAAACAAAUAGACUAAAUACAGUUUGUCAAAAAAAUGAAGAAAUUAAAUGAUGGUGCUGUCUCAUAUUGGCUGGCAACACUGGGUGAAUACCAAAUAAAAUCUAGAAAAAUCUAUUUGGUGUUGCAAUGGAAUUUUCGUCAAAAAUCCGUUUUCUUUUUUAAAGACCGUAGGUACUAUAUGGUGCAUUCGUCAUCAUUAUGUGAAAUAAAAUCAUUUAGGCUUUUGAAAUUGGAGCUAUCGUCUAUAAAAUCAUACGACCAUGGAUUUAAUAAGUACGGAGUACCUACUGUCUAAUUCCAUGCAUACGACAUAGAACGGUUUGAAAAUAACAAGUGUCGAAGGAAAUCAUAUUAGGACAGACGUAGGUACUAUAGUUCCGUCAUCUUAUGUCAAAAAAAAAAAACAUUUACAACA